UGAUCAGUUUACCGACAAAAUAAGUCAAGAAAUAUAAUUUUAUCAUAACACUUAUUACGAUAAACCUAUGGUUUAUUUUGUGAUAUAAUAGUCUAUAUUAUGGUACCUAUAUAAUAUCUUAUAUGGUUUUAUAGAUAUACAUAAUAUUAUCUUAUCUGUCAUCUGAUAUCAUACUGCAAUAGUUUGUUCGAUUUGUUAAAAAUAUUACGGUAUUGAGUACUGAGUAGUGACUAGUGACCACCGAUCAGUGGAUAGUGUUUGAUGUGUUUUAACUAAUAUAAGCUACAGUAUAAUGUCUGCACAAUUAAUUACCAGUAAACGCGAAAAUCCACAAAUUGUAAUUGAUAAUUUUAAAUUUAGUAAAGCAUAUGAAGGAAAAAAUAAAGUGCGUUGGAGAUGUAUUAACAAAGUAUGUGAUGCAAAAGUAUAUACAAAAAAAAAUUCCGACAAUGAAGUAUUCUACACGGAAAAUGAACACCAUCACGAAGCUGUAAAUGAAAAUACCAUAAAUCGGCAAAUUGUUAAUACCUCGUGCAAAAGGAAAGCGCUAGAAGACGUAAGUACAAGACCAAAAAAAAUCAUUUUACAAGAAUUAAUACAUAAUGAGUGUGCCAAAGAAAUAACAGUAAACGACAUUAAUAGAAUAAGAAAAAAUAUGUACGAAAAGAGACGCAAAACCCUCCCAGCAAAUUCAAAAUCCAUUUCUGAGGUACACCAAGCUUUAAAUGUAUUAAAUAUUGAAACAAAACAAAAAGAAAAUUUCUUACUAUUAAAUAAUGAAAAAGAAAAUAUAAUUAUUUUUUCGUGUUACACAAAUUUACAAUUUUUGACUUCGGUAGAUACUGUUUAUAUGGAUGGGACAUUUGAUUAUUGUACUCGCUUUUUUAUGCAAAUGUUUACUAUCCAUGGAUUUCAAAACGGUCACUAUGUUCCACUCAUAUUUUGCUUAUUACCAAAUAAACUAACAUCUUCCUAUGUUUUUGCACUUCGUUCUAUUUGUCAAAAAUGCAAAGAUAUGAAUUUGAUUUUUUCACCUGCAAAUGUGACUAUUGAUUACGAAAAAGCUAUUAUAAAUGCAGUUACUGAAGUUUGGCCAGAAAGUAAUAUAAUUGGUUGUAGAUUUCAUUUGACUAAUUCUUGGUGGAAGAAAAUACAAUCUCUUGGUUUAUCAAUUGAAUAUAAAGAAAAAAAUUCGGAAAUCGGCAAAUGGUUACGACACACAUUUGGUCUUUUGUUUCUUGAUGCGCAGGAAGUAUCAGAUUGUUUUUCAUAUGAUUUUAUGAGUGAUCGUCCUGUUAAUGAACUAUUAACAAAAUACUCCGACUACUUAGUAGAUAAUUACAUAGGAGACGAUUGUUCUUACCCUCCAUCACUGUGGGCUUCAUUAUCGGCAAGUUUAACUAGGACGACGAACGCGUGUGAAUCAUUUCACGCUGUAUUCAAAGAUCAUUUUUAUAAACGAACACCACAUAUAAUACCAUGGAUCACUGUACUUAUAGAAAAUAUUCAAACUAAUGUCUAUGUUACUUUAAAGAGUAUUAAUGAAUGUAAAACACCAAGAAAAAAUAUGAACGAUAAACGUAAACGAAAUGAAGAAUUAAUUUCAAAAUACCAACGAGAUGAAAUCAGUAGAUAUGAAUUUGUAAAACUGAUAUCAAAUCAUUAUGCUAAAUAAGUUUUUUACAAUGUGAUUUCAAAUUUCAAUUUCAAGUUUCAACCAAUCAUCGAGCGCUAACAUAUUGACAUAUUGUCAUCAAAACAAUGCAAAUAUAAAUAUAAUUUUUUUUAAUACUUAUAUCUAUUGUA